GUGGUCUUUCAAGACGGGAAUGAGAAUAAAAAUGACUGCAAUGGUUUCUUUACACUAAAGAAAGCUAUUCUGACACUAAAACGAAGUCAUGAAAGAGCAGAGAGGGAAACAGACCCCUGAGCAAGAUGCCGUGGAGCACAUUGCUGCUUGUAAAGACAAACCCUUCCUGGAGGAAAAGUUCAUUGACUCUUUUAAAGGAAGAGGCGUGUUCACUAAUGAAACCAUCAAGCCGUCUAUGUUUGUUGUGGAAUAUCGUGGGAAGAAAUUCUCAAGAGGCAUCAGAUCUGAGGAGAGAGGUGGCGAUGCUUUGAAUGGAUUUGUUUUUGAAUUUUCAUGGAAAGGAGAGCGAUGGUGCAUUGAUGCUUCGGAAGAAGACAACACACUUGGCCGACUUGUGAAUGAUAAUCACAUAAGUCCAAACUGUGAAAUGAGGAAGGUUGUUUGUGAAGGGAAGCCACACUUGUGCCUGUUUGCAGUUGAGGAAAUUUCUCCAGGCGAGGAAAUAACAUACUACUACGGAGAGUCCAGUUAUGAGUGGCGCUCAAAGGAAUUGUACUGUGGGUUGACUUCUUUAAAGAGAGACGGCUGUCCUUCCUCAUCAGCACCACGGCCUAAAAGGUCAAAGAAGUCACAAAUUUUCUACGGUGAGGAAUCUUCUGACAAUGACGAUGAACAACCUGGACCAAGUCGUUGUGUUCGAGCGACUUCAUGUUCAGCUGAUCGGGAAUCUUCUCCGGACCUUACCGACUCUUUCAUGGAGCCAUCAGAGGACUCUCCUGAUGAACACAAGACCAAAAAGGAUUAUGAAAUCUGCAAACCCAAACAAAAACGCAUGAAAAUGUCUCCCACAAAAGACAAAUCUUUUACUUCCAAAAACCAUUGCUUUGUUUGCAGAAAAGCAAUGCAGAAAAUUUCUCGUCAUCUCGAAAAGCACGCUAAGGAACAACCUGAAAUCGCAAAGGCGUUUUCAUUUCCUCCAAACUCAACCGAACGCAAAAGGCUGCUUAACAUAUUAAGAAACAGAGGAAAUUUUGAUCACAAUCAGGAAGUGCAGAGGAGCAAUACUGGAGAAUUGAAAGUGAAAAGGCGACCAAAAUCUGGCAACAUGAGUUCAACAAGCUUUAUGUACUGUCCGUAUUGUAAAGCCAUGAUGACACAAUCAUUAAUGUGUCAUCAUGUACCUAACUGUAUUAAAACUUCACUUUCUGUAAAUAAUAGUGUCAUAAAUGGCACUGAGGAGGUGAAGUCAGUGCACAGUAUCCCUCCUGAUGUGAAGAAGAUACUUUCAGGGAUGGAACAAGACGAAGUCAAACUUGUGAUUCAAAAUGAUCACCUUCUGAUCCAGCUGGCAAAGAGUUUAUGCAGAAAGUACAGAAACGACCCAUGCAAGGAGCAUUCUGUCCAGGAGAAGCUGAAGGAAAUGGGGACACUCUUGUUGAAUCUGAAUAAAAAGAGAAUAUUAAGCUUUGAAGAUGCAAUACAAUCCAAGAAAUUCUCCAGCAUUGUCAAUUCAGUGAAAAACAUUGUGGGUUUUGAUCCCAUAAUGCAGACUUACAGCAAGCGAGGACUUGCUUUCAAUUUGGGAAAUUCACUAAAGAGGAUCGCCAAAAUCAUUCUUAAUGGGGAAAAUAUCAGUGAAACAAUGAGGAGUUCUGCUAAAAUAUUCCUAGAAAUGUGUGAGAAAGAGUGGGGUGGACUUGUGUUGGACACCACAUCAGUGAGAGGACAAAAAGUUUGCAGUCCAGCUGCAAUACCUUUCACACGUGAUGUACAAGCUUUCCAUUCCUACCUGGAAAGAUUAUCAGCUUCUGCCACUGAAAGCUUGAAGACAUCUGACGAUCCUCAAGUCUUCAAUGUACUUUCCAGGGUCACACUUACACAGAUUUCGGUUUUGAGCAAAUGUACAACUGAGGUUUCAGAAAUGACACUGAAGUCUUUCGAGGAGAGGGGCGACUCCACCAAGGUGUUGUCCAAGCACUUUGUCAAGAUAAAUAUUCUGAGCAAGAGUGGCCUGAACGUCGCCAUUCUAUUGACCUCUGAACUCACCAGCACCAUAACUUUGCUGAUCAGCAAGAGGCUGGCCUGUGGUGUCCAUGAGGACAAUCCUUUCUUGUUUGCAAAGCCAGACUCUUCUGUCACAAGCCACUACCACGGAUCUCACUGUAUCAAGUCUUUCUCAAGCCUGUGUCAUGCGGAGAACCCUGAGAAUCUCAGUUCUGCUCAUCUCUGCAAGCACAUGGCAAGAAUAUUCCACAUUCUGAUGGAGAACGACGAGCUUGAACACCUUAGUGAACUGGUUGGCCUUGAGAUCCAGACCAACAAGGAAUACUACCAGUCCCCAGAGGCGGCCGUUGAACUUGCUAAAAUCUCUAAACUCCUCCUGGCAAUGGAGAAAGGAACUCUGGACAGAUUCAAAGGAAAAUCUCUGGCCGAGGUUGAGAUCAAUGAUGAGCUGGAGUCAGAUGAGGGGCAGAGCAGUGGUGGAGAAGAUGUGGAAACGUCCAUUGAAGAGUCAGGUUCUCCACUUCAACAUUGUGAUGUUCCAGAGCAGCUGGAUGGACAGCUGACUCCGGCUGUUCAGGAUGCUUUGGAGCACAUCAAGGCUAAAAGAGACAAACCCUUCCUUCAGGAGAAGUUCAUAGACUCUGCUAAAGGGAGAGGUGUGUUCACCAAGGAAUCCAUUGAGCAAUCUUCUUUUGUUGUUGAGUUUCGGGGGAGGAUCUCUACUUGCCAAGAAAGCUCUGAGAAGCAACCUGGAGAUUCGUUAAGCAAUUAUGUGUUUAACUUUUCAUGGCAAGAAACAAACUGGUGUGUUGACGCUUCAGCUGAUGAUGGGAGUUUGGGUCGGCUCGUAAACGAUGACCACCUUGAUCCAAACUGCAAUGUAGUGAAGAUUACCUAUGAGGAGAAACCACACCUGUGCCUGUUUGCACUGAAAGAAAUAUCAGCUGGUGAGGAGAUAACCUUCGACUACGGGGGAUCUUCGUACUCGUGGCGCCCAGAGGAUCCCAGCGAGGAUGUAAAUAUUCCUGAAAAAGGCUUGGAAAAGGAUCCAGCUGUCCCCAUUGAUAAAAAUCUUGAAGACUCUGCAGCAGAAUCCUUCAGCUCUGCUGAAUCCUCCGGAGAUGAAUACGUCUGCAAUGAACAACCAGACAGCGAUGACAGUUUCUCAGAGUCUGAACUGCCUGGCGGGGCGUCAUCCACCGUAGAGGGGGACGGGUCUCGCUCCAGCUCUGACGACUGGGACUCCGACACGCCGACCAAAGCUACUUCCUUAACGAGGAAGAACUACUGUUACGUUUGUGGAAGACCUCAGUCAAAAAUCUCCCGUCACCUCUUAACCCACAGAGCGGAAGAGCCUGAGAUCGCUGAGGCUUUUAAGAUGCAUCACAACAACAAGGAGCGAAAGAAACUGCUUCAAAAGCUGCGGAACAGAGGAAACUACAACCACAACCAGGAAGUGCUGAGAACUCGAAAAGGAAAACUUAAAGUGAGGCGAAGAACAAACACGUCCUCUAUCAAAAACACUGCUACCUGCAUCUACUGUAAGCUCUUGUUUAUGCGAAAGACUUUAUGGAGGCAUCUUCAGAAAUGUCCGAUGAGGAUCCCCUCCCCUCUAGAAGGCAAGUCAGGGAUUUUAGCAUUAGUUGCAUCUGGGCUAACAGAACCUGAAAACAGGUCGUCAGGUGUGAGGAAGAUUUUAAAAAAACUGAAAGAAGAUGAAACUACCUCCUUAGUUUUGAAGGAUCCUUACCUUUUGCGGCUGGCUCGCUGUUUGUACUACAUGACGGAUGGCAAGAGCAAAGACUAUGAACUCAAUCGGAAACUGAGACAAAUGGGGAAACUGCUCGCAACCUUGAAAGAAAAGUCUAUAAUGAGCAUUGAGGAGGCUUUAAAACCCCAGAACUUCAAUGUCGUAAUGGAAGCAGUGAGGAAAGUCUCAACCAUGAGGAAAAACAUCAACGCCAAGCCACUUUCAAAAGUAAUCGGAUACUCACUUAAGAAAGUGGCUGAUAUAAAAUAUGCUGUAGCUGUGAGCAACAAAGCGGAUAACGAGACGAUAGAGGAGGCGAAGGAGUUCCUGAAGCUGUGUGAGAAGGAAUGGGCUUCAAACGUACCAAUUCGACAGUCUGUACAGGGAGCACCGACUUUACCCUUCAUCCAGGACGUUCAGCUGCUGUUUAAGUACAUCCAGAAUUCGGUGAGCUCUGCAGUCUCAAUUCUGACCAAGUUUCAAAGCCCACCAGUCUACAUUGCCCUGCUCAAAGGGAUCUUCGCAUAUGUGGGUAUAUUAAGCAGAAAUUUUACUGACAUGUUGUAUGUGACCCUGGAGUCGUUCCUGCAGUGGAGUGAAUCUCAGCCUCAGGAAAAUGCUGACACCAAGCAGCCGCUGCUUGACAAAGUUCUCUCCAAACGGCUCGUUAAGAUCAACAUUGUUAACGAAAAGAACCAAAACGUAGUUCUCAGUCUGACCCCAGAGCUGCUCUCUGCAAUCACCAUGCUGGUUGAGAAGAGAAAACAAUGCGGUGUGCCUGAUGGUAACCCCUAUCUCUUUGGAUGGCCGGAUAAUUUGUCCAUGAACAUCUGGAAGUGGCAACGGGUCAUCUCCAUGUUUGUGGGUUUGUGCGGCGCCAAAGGUGAGAAGAACCUAAAGUGUCCGUUCUUCCGUAUUCACACGGCAAGAAUUUUCCGUAUUCUCAUCCUGAAUAAUGAGGAGCUCGGCCAGUUAGCCACACUGCUGGGGUGCGAUGUUAAAUCCGAGAGCGAGUUCUACCAGAACCAGGAGGCGGUUGGAGACAUUGCAAAAAUCUUGGUGCUGCUGUCGGCUAUGGAGACCGAAUGUCUGACCAUGUAUCAAGGAAAAUCUCUGGAGGAAAUUGAAAUUCCAGAUGAGCUGCCGGCGGUGAUGGAGAACAGCAGGAGAGCCACUGAAGCUUCUCGUCAGGCGAACGGUGGUUCUCCCUCAUCGACAAAGAAGAAAGGCAAAGGUUCUUCCAAGAGGAGUCGAGUCAAAAAGAAGCAGGAAGAUGAGGAGGAUCGGACUGAAGUGACUCAUGAGAAAAAUGAAGCGGAGAAAGAACCAGAGCAGAGCAACGAGACUCAGACCAAUAAUCAAACCACUGCAGCUCCUGACAAACAGAACGAGAGUCAGAUUUAUUUUAGUGACGACGACGAAGACAUGAAUGUAGAUUUUAAUAUUGACAUCGACAUAAACGAUGAUGACGAUAAAACUGAAGAAAAUGAGACGAGUGAGACUCGGAGGGACAACUUGUCUGAAGACACGAUGGGACAAAACAACAAAGACGAUGAUGACGAUGUCAGAAAAGAGGGGAAUGAAGCUGAUGAUGACUCUGGAGCAAACGCUGGAGUUCAGGAUAAAACAGAAGAAGUCGAGACGAUGGGACAGAACGAAGAGGCAAACGGUGAAGAUGAUGAUGAUGGUGAUGAACAGGACGGCUGGAUGGGAGCAGAAAGUGGAGGAUCUUCUCCUGUACGCACAGAAGAGAAACGCAGCAACUUUGAGGCAGCAAUGAGAAGCAUGAAAGUAAUCAAGAUUUUGAUCCGCAAACUGAACAUGGAGAACUUGCAGAUUCCUGUCCGGGUUUCACGGUUUCCUCUGAGUGAGAAUCAGUCGGUCAAAGAUCAGCCGUCACCGGUCGCUGCAGACGAGCGUCGAUCCACGUCCACAGAGGAAACCAACAGACAGACAGACACAAAGGCUGUGAAGAUGAACUGCUCCCACUGCCACAGGAUCAUGACGAAGGGACAAACGGCGUACCAGAAGAAAGGCUUCACUGACGUCUUCUGCUCCAAGCGCUGCCUGUUUGAGAUGUUUCCUCCCAGCAAAGCAGCUCGGAGGAGCUGCUACUACUGCUUCAGGGAGAACCUGCAGCCGCUGGAGCUCAUCAUGGCCGCCGUGGACCUUAAAGGAACCAUGAGAGACUUCUGCAGCACCGCCUGCUUGUGCUCCUUCAGAUCCAGCUCUCCUUCUCUCCAGAGAAAGUUCACCACCACAUCCACCCAGACGCUGUCAUCGCUCUGCAGCGCCUGCAGGAAAACCUGCGUGAGCGAGCUGGAGUUGAAGCUGGAUGAGUGCCUGCACCGGUUCUGCAGUGUCAUCUGCUUGGACGCGUUCUGCAGGGAGAACCUGGGCAUCUGUGAGAACUGCAGCCAGUCCUGCAGGAAGAAGCCGCUGCAGCUGAGGCUGGAGGACGGAUCAAAGACCAUCUGUGGUCCGGACUGUCUGGAGGAGUUUAAAAAGAACUUGAUGGCGGCCCAGGAGUGUCCCGUGUGUCGAGCUGCUCAGCUCCCGUCAGACAUGGUCAACCACAAAAACAAGGAGAACGCCGUGGAUCUCUUCUGCUCUCGCUACUGCGUGAUGUCCUUCAAGGCGCUGCCUGCUGCGGACCAGAACAUCAGAACCCAGCGUUCUGCGGACGACACGGCCAGACUCAUCAUCGCCAGCGACGCCGCCGCCUGCUGCGGCUGCAGGAAGGAGCUGAAACGUGCGUCUGCAGUUUACCACCUGAAAAAAGCAAAGCAGCUGUUCUGCUCGGAGGCGUGCGUCACUGAAAUGCUUCCCCACGUCCAGUUCGACACCAGGAAGUGUUACAGCUGCCUCCAGUUGAUCACGCAGCCUCAGAAAGUGAUCCUGGCUCCGGUGGAUGAUUCAGGAACGAUGAAGGAGCUCUGCAGCGACACGUGUCUCACUUCUGUCAAAUCCAAGAUGCUUCUCUCCAACUGCAAGCUGUGUGGCAAACAUUGUCCUUGUAAGCUCUCCAUGACGGUGGACGGUGAGGUCCACAGACUCUGCAGCGAGUCCUGCGUCUCCGACUUCCGCAUCCAGAACCAGUCCUCCUGGUCGUCCUGCGCAGCCUGCGGCGCGCUGCGCUGCAGCCUGCGGCUCGCCCUGCAGACGGACGGCGGCGUGAAAACCGUCUGCGGAGACGAAUGUCUGCUCAGGCUCAAAGAGAAAGUGAAAACCCUGCAGCUUUGCUCGACGUGCAGAACGCCGCAUCAGAUGUCGGACAUGGUGGAAAGUCAAAACGGCGAGGGGCAGCUGGAUCUGUUCUGCAGCCACAGGUGCAUGACGGUUCACAAAGCUCAGACCUUCACUGUUCCAGCAGAAAACAAGUCCGAGGAGACUGACGUUAAAGACGUUAAAGACGUUAAAGACAUGAAGCCGUCUCUGGCCAGUUUACCCCAGAUCAAAGAGGAGCCGGAGGACCUGGAGGUUUUUCUGAGCCGCUCCGUCUCAGUUUCUCCACAGAGCAUCAAGGAGGAGCCGGGCGCGCCCAAGGAGGAGCUGAAGAUCGGGUCUGUUUUCUCCCUGACGGAGGACUCCAAGCCGCCCCGGCCCGCUCUGGCCCACAUGGAGCUCCAGGCGUCCUGCUCCACCUGCCGGAAGGUGCUGCUGGACGGAGAGACCGUCUACCAGAGGAAAGCCCAUCCGGAUCUCUUCUGCUCCACUUCCUGUCUGCUCCGGUUCCACCAGCUAAAGUCCGUGAAGAAGACGUGUCACUUCUGUCUGCGGGUGAUUGUGAAGCUCCCGUCGGUCCUGCAGGCUGCCGUGGAUGACGCGGGAACGAAGAAGGACUUCUGCAGCCAGUCCUGCCUGUCGUCCUUCAGCUACAAGAGGAUCAUGUCCACCAAGCUCCCCAUCCUUCCAGCUGGGUCGCAGUCCCAGUGCAGCGUUUGCAGCAGAUUCUGCAUCAGCAAACAUGAGGUCAUCCAUCAGGACGUGGUGCAGAAGGUCUGCAGCGAUCCCUGCUACCACCGCUUCUGCAACAUCAACAACCUGACUGUGUGCGAGAACUGCGGCUCCCGCUGCAGCGCGCCGCUCAGCCUCAAGAUGGAGGACGGCAACAAGCCGCUGUGCGGCGCCGAGUGCCUGGAGCUACUCAAGCAGAAAAUCCCGCCGUUGCAGCCGUGCUCCAUGUGCAGUAAAUCUAAACUCGUUUCUGAAAUGGUUGAGUAUAAAACCAGUGAAGAAGUCGUCGAGCUGUUCUGCUCCAGCAGCUGCGUGAUGGCGGCCAACAUCCAGGCCGUCUGUUCAUCAGGUGUCCCUCUGAGCUGCCAUAACUGCAGGAAGGCGGCCGCUCCGGCGUGUCACCUGGCCAUGCCGGACGCCUCCAUCAGGAGCUUCUGCUGCCUGUCCUGCGCCGUGACUUUCAAGGAGACGCAUAAAGACGAAAUCAGCAGAACCAGGGAAGCAGAACCCGGCAGACCGGCGCCAGACGAGCGGCUGUGUGCUCAGUGCCAGGAAGCCAUUAAAACGGCUCCCAGAGUCAUUCAGAUGAAGGAUGAAGUGAUUUUUGUCUGCAGCCUCGUCUGCUCCAAGAAGUUCAAGAAGCUCAACAGCCUCCUGGGUGUGUGUGAACGCUGCAGGAAGAAAACCGUCAUCCACGAAGUCAAGAGGAUCGACAACAAGGACUGCAGCUUCUGCAGCAACGGCUGCCUGCUGCUGUUCCACCGUGACCUGGACAGGAAGUGGGGGAAACACUGUUCGUCGUGUUCCUACUGCCUCUCCGUGUCCAGAACGGCGCUGUCGGCCACGGCGGCAGGCAGGCAGAGGGAGUUCUGCUCCAAACGCUGCAGGUCCAAAUUCAGAACGCUGAUCAGCCACGAGGCGAAUUGCGACUCAUGCGGCCGGCGAGGGAAGCUGACGGAGAGUCUUCCUCUGCCGGGGAACGUCAAACGUUUCUGCGACCUGAAAUGUCUCCUGCGCUUCGGGAAGAACGAGGAAGAGGAGCAGGAUGAAGGACCUUCUCCGCCUGGAGGAAGCGUGGCGUCUUCGCCGGUCAUCACCAGCGUGGUUUCGCUGUCCGGCGGCCCGGCAGGACGGACCACACCGCUCGGACUUUUCUCGGACAUCCAGGCUAAAGUCGUCGGCCAUGCCAGCGUCCAGACGGCUCCCAAACAGCUGAAGAACAAAUCCAUGCUGUGCGUUCCUCUGGUCCACAACAAAGCUGCCUCCUGCUGUGUUCAGACUGUGGAAACGGCGUCACAGACAGUGAAUUUUAAGCAGAAGGUCCGCCAGGUGAGCGCGGCUGUUCCUGUGCCGGUUCCCGUCUACGUCCCUCUGCCCAUGAACCUCUACAGCCAGCUGGCUCCAGCUCCGCUGGUUCUGCCCGUUCCGCUGCUGGUUCCCGUGUUUCUCCCAGAGGGGAAGAAGAAGAAGGAGGAGGAGGAGGAGGAGGAGGAGGAGGAGGAGGAGGAGGAAGAGGAAGAUGGCUCUGAGGCGGCGGCGGAGGAAACACCGCCUGGAUCUCUGCAGGAGGAGCUGAGCUGCCGACCACAAGGACAAACGGAGAAGCAGGAGGAAACUCAGUCACUUAUUGAAACCAUCAACAGCUACAUGGACGGUUUGGGGUCCGAUUACCAGCCCAGUUUCAACCACAAAGACUUCGAGUCCGACUGCAGCCUGGAGUUAUUCAGUCAGAACCAGACCUGCUGCAUCCCUCCUGAACCGGAACUGGAACCGAACCUCCACACAGGCCCUGACCUCCCUCUGCCUCCUGCUGGACUAACGGGUCCAAACCUCCAGAACUCACUGGAUUCUUUAGCAGCUGCAGGUUUGGCUGACGAGACUCAGGAAAACAUCCAGAAUAAUCUGAAGGGAGUUCUGGACAGUCGGGUUGGAGUUGAUGCCUGGAGGAAAUGGAUCCAGUGGAGAGAAUCUCAAACCAGUUUGGACCUGCUGCCCACGGCUGCUGGCAGGUCGGACGUCCUGCGGUGCUCUUCCUCUGAGCUGAGCGACGGCCUCUUCCUCUUCAUCAGGGAGGCGAAGCUUCGUGAGGAAGACUCCGGCUCUCCAGACGGCCUGUUCUUCCUCUGCCUCAGCAUCCAGCAGUAUUUGUUUGAAAACGGACGACUGGAGAACAUUUUCACCGACCAGAACUACCAGAAGUUCUCGUCUGAGCUCACCAGAAUCCUGAAAUGUUCCCGACCUUCCCUGUCCGUCCACCGCGGCGCCCCCUCCUGGGUGGAGGAGGAGUUUCUGUGGGAGUGCAAGCAGCUGGGGGCGUCCUCCCCCUUCGUCCUCCUCAACACGCUGCUCUUCUUCUGCUGUAAGAACUUCGGCUUCACCGCGGUGGCGCAGCACCGCCGGCUGUCCUUCGCUAACUUCACCAGCUGCACCAGAACCGACGGCGAGACGAACGUCCUGCGGUUCUACCCGCCGGAGUCCAGAGACGAUGCAGAGACCGGUUCUGACGGCGUCCCGGCGAAGAAACGCAGGUUAAACGAGGAUUUCCUGGAGAUGAAGGAGAACCUGCAGAACCCGCUGCGCUGUCCAGUCCGACUCUACGAGUUCUACCUCUCCAAGUGCUCCGACUCGGUGAGGCGGCGCAGCGACGUUUUCUACCUGCAGCCGGACCGCCGCUGCGUUCCCAGCAGUCCCCUGUGGUUCUCGCAGGCGCCGCUGGACGACGCCACCAUGGAGGCCGCCAUCGUUCGAUCGCUCGCCGUCAGAGAGCUGAGGGAGCGAGACGGAGGAGGAGCCUGAGGGAACGAGACGGAGGAGGAGCCUGAGGGAACGAGACGGAGGAGGAGCCUGAGGGAACGAGACGGAGGAGGAGCCUGAGGGAACGAGACGGAGGAGGAGCCUGAGGGAACGAGACAGAGGAGGAGCCUGAGGGAACAAGACGGAGGAGGAGCCUGAGGGAACGAGACGGAGGAGGAGCCUGAGGGAACGAGACGGAGGAGGAGCCUGAGGGAGCGAGACGGAGGAGGAGCCUGAGGGAACCGACGGCGCCAGGAUUUCUUUUCUAGGUUGGAUUUUCUGCUGUUUGGUUUGGAAAAAAAGUUUAAAUGAGAGAAAACUGUUUGUUUCAUUUCUUCCUUCAGAAACUCGUGUUCAUCAUUUUUACACAGCAGGGAAUCAGUGUUUACUUUUAUCAACUGGAUGUUUUUGGAUUGAAAAUCAUUUUUAUUAUUUUUACAUAAUAAGGCUGAAACAGUCGUUCUAAACUGGAUCUGUUUGUUUUUGUCCCGUUUGACUCAAUUAAAUCAUUUCAUUAAUAAAAUCUUUGAACAGUA